GUCUUGAGAACAUGACCUAUGAAGGAAGGCUGAAGGAAUUGGGUUUGUUUAGUUUGGAAAAGAGAAGACUGAGAGGGGACAUGAUAGCAGUUUUCAGGUAUCUAAAAGGGUGUCAUCAGGAGGAGGGAGAAAACUUGUUCACCUUAGCCUCUAAUGAUAGAACAAGAAGCAAUGGGCUUAAACUGCAGCAAGGGAGAUUUAGGUUGGACAUUAGGAAAAAGUUCCUAACUGUCAGGGUAGUUAAACACUGGAAUAGAUUGCCUAGGGAAGUUGUGGAAUCUCCAUCUCUGGAGGUAUUUAAGAGUAGGUUAGAUAAAUGUCUAUUAGGGAUGGUCUAGACAGUAUUUGGUCCUGCCAUGAGGGCAGGGGACUGGACUUGAUAACCUCUCGAGGUCCCUUCCAGUCCUAGAGUCUAUGAACCUAUGAAUCCUGUCCACAGCCAGGGGAGUAGAGCGGAAGUACAUGGUACCCUCUAAAGGUUACGAGUAUCUGUACGUGCACCCUGCUCCCUAGUCCUACAAUCGUUUAACGAAAGGGAGCGCCAUGGCCAGCAAGCUCCUGCUCCAAAGUCCAAGGAGGCUAGGUGCAUGGACUAUUGGGCCGCAAAGUAUACUCUGCUGGAGGCCUCCAACUUAAGGUGGCAAACCAGCAAGCCCGACUCAGUCACUACAACUACAACACCUGAGCGGCGAUGGAGCAAUUGACGGAACUAGUUCCCCAAGACUCCCGCCAGGAGUUUGCAGCCCUCUUGGAGGAAGGAAAGAAGGUGGCAAGAACCUCUCUCCAAGCCUCACUGGACGCAGCCGACUCCGCAGCCAGGACUCUGGCUUCAGGAGUGGCCAUGAGGAGAAUAUCAUGGCUUCAGGUGUCAGGCCUUCCACCUGAGUUAUAGCAAACUCUACAAGACUUGCCCUUUGAAGGCCAAGGGCUAUUUUCCGAAAAGACUGACCCUAGGCUGCAAAGCCUAAAGGACAACAGGAUAAUCAUGCGCUCGCUGGGAAUGCACACCCCGGUGACCCAGCGCAGGUCCUUCUGUCCUCAGCCUCACCGCGCUUACCCCCCGCCUAGGCUGCGACAGGACUUCGGCAGAAGGCACGGCCUGGGGAAUCGCAGAAGGCAGUCUGGGCCCCAAGGGGGUCAAAAUCAGGGCUCCCCAAACCACCUACGGGACCCAAACCAAACUUUUGAAGAGACGCCCAAGGAUGGCGCACAAGUUGUUUCCCAGGCUCCUUUUCCACCCGUCUACAACCGCCUUUCCCAUUUCCUCCCUGUGUGGUCCCAGCUAACAUCUGAUCGUUGGGUCCUACGCACGGUGGAAUUGGGAUACCACCUUCAGUUUGUUUCGCCCCCACCUUCCCACCUCUCCUCCUCGUCCCUCUUCAGUGUCCCCUCUCAGAAGCAAUUCCUCUUACAAGAGAUACGGACGCUCCUUACCAUGGGAGCUAUAGAGGAGGUACCGAAAGACUUGAGGGGCAAGGGGUUUUAUUCCUGCUACUUCCUAAUCCCCAAGGCAAAGGGAGGUCUAAGACCGAUCCUGGACCUGCGAGGACUCAACAAGUUCAUGAAAAAGUUGAAGUUCCGCACGGGGUCACUGGGGACCAUUAUCCCAUCAUUGGAGACUGGUAUUCCGCCAUCGAUAUGAAGAACACGUAUUUCCACAUCACAAUUUACCCACCACACAGAUGGUACCUCCGUUUUGUGGUCAACCAUCAACAUUUUCAAUUUACGGUCCUUCCAUUCGGCCUUUCUGUGGCCCCACAAGUAUUCACAAAAUCCAUGGCUGUAGUCACCGCCUCCAUCUGUUGUCGAGUGCACAUCUUCCCGUAUCUCGACGAUUGGCUCAUUCGAGGGACCUCCGAGAUGCAAGUGAGCUGUCAUGUGGGCAUCAUCAAAGAUCUCUUCAGGCGACUAGGCCUGAUGAUCAAUAUAGAGAAGUCCACUCUGGUUCCCACAGAGAGAAUAGACUUCAUUGGGGCAAUCCUGGACUCCAAUCUCGCCAGAGGCUGCCUACCACAGCCUCGGUUUCAGGCAAUGGUAACAAUUAUUCAAGGCCUCCAAAACUUCCUGACAACCUCAGCUCACAUUUGUCUCAGCCUCCUAGGCCACAUGGCUGCCUGCACCUUCGUGACCAAACACACCAGACUACGCCUCCGUCCACUUCAAACUUGGCUCACCUCUGUAUACUGGCCGGGCUGAGACAUCCUAGGCUCCCUGGACCGGUGGCUGACUCCCAUCCUGGUCUGUGUAGGGAUGCCAUUCCAGCCACCUCAAUCUUCAAUGAUCCUAACCACGGACGCGUCAUCUCUGGGUUGGGGUGCCCACCUCGAGGGUCUCCGCACUCAAGGCCUUUGGUCUGUUCAAGAACUAACCUUACAUAUCAAUGUGCGGGAGCUGAGGGCGGUUCGACUCACGUGCCAGGUGUUUUUGGAGAGCGUCUCCAAGGCUGUUGUGUCUGUGUUCACAGACAACACAACGGCCAUGUUUUACAUAAACAAGCAGGGCGGAGCACGCUCCUCCCUCCUUUGUCAGGAAGCCAUUCAGCUCUGGGACUUUUGCAUAGCCCACUCGAUUGGUCUGGUAGCAUCCUUUCUCCCAGAAGUUCAGAACACCCUGGUGGAUCACCUCAGCAGAUCCUUCCUGUCUCAUGAGUGGUCGAUUCAUCCGGACUUCAUCCAUUCUGUUUUCCGGAAGUGGGGCUUUCCUCACAUAGACCUCAGAUUCUCGCGAGAAUCUGAGGUCUAAGUGCCAUGGGUUCUGCUCCUUCCGGGGGUGCUCCCUGGGCUCCCUCUCAGAUGCAUUUCUGAUACCAUGGACAAACCAUCUACUCUGCGCCUUUCCACCGUUCCUGCUGGUCCACAGGGUCCUGCUCAAGCUCUGCUGAGACAGGGCCCACUUGAACAUGAUUGCUCCCGCGUGGCCAAGGCAGCACUGGUACACCAUGUUGUUCGACCUGUCGGUGGCCAACCCAAUUCCCCUACUACUGUGCCCGGAUCUCAUAACUCUAACUCAGGACUACGGCAGACUUCACUGCCCAGACCUACAGUCUCUUCACCUCACAGCAUGGUUGCUGCAUGGUUAAGCCAGGCCGAGUUACGUUGCUCUGCCUCAGUACAACACGUACUCCUGGGUAGUAGGAAACCUUCCACAAGGUUGACAUAUCUGGCCAAGUGGAAGCGUUUCUCUUGUUGGUGCGCUCAGCGUAACACUGUUCCCACCCAGGUACAGUUCCUACUGUCUUGAACUACCUCUGGUCCCUGAAACAACACGGCCUAGCGGUUUCUUCAAUAAAGGUGCAUUUGGCAGCCAUCUCUGCCUUCCACCCAGGGAAGAGUGGCCGUUCGGUCUUCUCUCACCCCAUAGUUUCAAGGUUCCUCAAGGGCUUGGAACGUUUGUACCUCCAGGUCUGACACCUUGCCCCAACUUGGGACCUCAAUCUAGUUUUAGCCAAGCUUAUGGGUGCUCCCUUCGAGCCGCUAGCCACCUGCUCGGUGCUGUACCUGUCCUGGAAGACAGCAUUCCUCGUACCCAUUACAUCGGCAAGACGAGUCUCCGAACUUCGGGCCCUCAGUGUGGAUCCCCCAUAUACAGUGUUUCACAAGGACAAGGUACAACUGUGACCACACCCAGCCUUCCUCCCUAAAGUAGUAUCGGCCUUCCAUAUUAAUCAAGACAUCUUCCUUCCUGUCUUCUUCCCGAAGCUGCACUCAUCGUGCCGGGAACAGCAGCUGCACUCCCUAGACAUCCGUAGGGCUCUCGCCUUUUAUGUUCAUCGAACAAAGCCCUUUUGGAAGACGCCCCAACUCUUCGUUGUGGUGGCAGAACAAAUGAAGGGCCUACCUGUCUCCUUCCAGAGGAUUUCAUCUUGGGUGACGUUGUGCAUCCGUACCUGCUAUGACUUGGCUCACGUUCCGAUGAGCCACCUCACCGCCCAUUCUUCUAGGGCUCAAGCUUCAUCUGCCACCUUCCUGGCCCAUGUUCCCAUCCAGGAGAGAUGUCGUGCAGCUACCUGGUCCUUGGUUCACACCUUUGCGUCACAUUACGCAUUGGUACAACAGUCCAGGGAUGGUGUGGCAUUUGGCUCAGCAGUUCUACAUUCUGCGACAUCUCGCUCUGACCCCACCGCCUAGGUAAGGCUUGGGAGUCACCUAAUUGGAAUGGA